CCAUCGGUUCAGACGUUCUAGAAGUGCGCCUGCUGUCGUAUUCGAUUUUUACAAUUUAUAACGGUUUAAUUUUUGUCGGUAAUUGUUGAAUAGUUCUUCGAUACCAAUUGAUUUCUGGCUAGAAUGAAAAUCAGUGGCUUCUAUUUCGAAUCUACAAAGAUCCGACCUUGAAAAUGAAAUAGAUUCUCCAUAAUGCAGGACAGGUAGAGGUAUCGCAGCGAGCAGACGGAAGUGAUGGAAUGUUUUGAGCAAUGUCAACAUGUGCCGUAAUAUAUGAAGCAUCCCAAAAAGAUGGAGGAUCGGAAAAAUCUGGAAACAAACCCUAAUAAACUUAAGAUUAUUGACAUGGGAAAUAACUGUCAUGUAAUUAUACAAAUUCCUGAUCAGCCAGACAGUGUAAUGGCAAUGGGGUUUGAUAUCAGCAGCCUGCAUUUCAUGUCGCUUCAAGAGCUUGCUAUGAGGAGAUUGGCUGUACAGUUGUGCAGUCACCGUAAAAUGCUUGCGUAUGCUGUGCAAACCGAUUCAGCGUCGCGACGUCAAAAGGAACACGAAACAACGAUGUACGAUUUGUUGAAAGAUCUUCUAUCUGAAGCUAAGGUUCCACAAACGUUGAAACACGAGUUAUUCAGUUUAAUGAAAUCUGUUUCCAGAGAAAUAAUAAAAUGGUUGGAUCUCCAUGAAAAUUAUUUAGGUCCGUGUAACCUAAACGAAAUGGAGAAUUUGGAACACCUGUGCUGGACUAGCUUGGGGAGUGUGGAUUAUCGGGAAACAGCCGCAGCACUCAUUCGUCACGAAAAGCUGGGCGUGACACAAUGUUACAAGCUGGCUUGUCUGUACUGCUUGGAAGAGGACAUCAGAGAGCUUUGGCGAAAGAUGCCCGAAAAAACCAAAAAGUCCUAUUAUGAUGCCAAAUCUGCGAAUCUCGAGCAGCCAGAUUUAGUUAUUAUUUGGACUUUUAUCUUAAAAGAUAAAGUAAAAAAAUUUCUUAGAUAUCUUGAAGAAAAAGGGAAAUUCUACCCCUCCAUUAACCACCUAGCGUUCGAAUGUGCUGCAACCCAUGGUUACAAAACGGCUGCUCAGUAUUUUUAUGAAAAGUUAAAGUUCGAAGAUCGAGAAGAACCGCUGAUGAAUACCGCCAUGGCUGUAGCAGAUGAACGUUCAACCGAUUUUUAUUCUUACAUGGAGGAACGCCAAGAAUUUGGCGACGUUUUGAGCUAUUUGUUGUCCGUGAUGCAGCCGUAUGAGCAGAAGAUCUUGCUUUGGUACCACCCUUGUGAGAUCUUGAAGUGCGCGCUGGAUUGGCCCAGGCAUGAUGCCUUUAUCGAGCUUGCAAAAUCCGCAUAUCCUUUCCUUUCAUUACACACUUACAUCCGGGUGCUUUUCAAUCUAUCUCGAAACAGUUCCUGGGGAUAUAAUCAUUCAAAAUUAUUUCAGGAAUUUUUACUGCUCGAACCCGUUGAUUUCAGUUUAGCGCUGAUAGUCUACAACGACAUUUUGCGAGAUUUUAUCCGAAGUGACGACAUAGAAACUGUCAAAUUUCUUUUCAGACAUCUGGAAGCUCAGGGAAAAGAUGAUCCUAUUUUGGGGUCUACAGGGAGUUUCAUUAACUACGAACUAAUCAAGGAGGGUAAGUGGGAUUUGAUGAAUCUUUUCAUCGAAGAGGCGCAUCUGUCCAAAGGAAGCAGACGGAGGAAUGUGAAAUUUUUCAGUGAAAGCAGUGGAUUACAUCUGGACAAGGAAGAAAUCCAGGGUCUCAUAGACCUCAAAAAUUACACUGUAGAAGAUAUAGGCACUUUAGAAGAUGUCAAGAAUAACACUGAUCUUGAAAUUCAAGAAGAAGAAAGAGAAAGACCGAAGGCUGUAAAAAAACUUUUAAUUCCUUUAAAAACAGUAUACGAUAAGUGUGUUAAUUUUCUUUUUCAAUAAAUCUAUGCAUGCCUAUUUUGUAAAUUGCAACUAGUAUCAUUGUUGUAUGACAUCGCAAAGCAAAUACUUUACCCUUUAAAUGUGGCGAUUUUUAAAACUGUUUUCCUGUGAAAGCUAAAAAUUUAUUCUAAAAAUAAUUUAUUUUGCCUGAAAAUUGAAUUUGAAUUUAUCUCGAGGAAUCAAAUUCUUUUAACAUUUCAUUUGUUUCUUCCAAGUGUCCGUGCAUAAAGUAUGCCUACACAUUUGAUGUUUGGUGCAUGUUCGUGUAUAGAUGUGUAGGAAUCUUGGUAUGAAUUUUUUUGAAAUUGUUAAUUUUGAAACUGUCAGAGAAAUUUUAAGUGCAAUAAAAUUUUGUAACAUGCAAAUUAUAUCAUUGUUGUGUGACAUCACACAGCAAAUACAAUACUUUGUAAUUCGGCGAUUUUUGAAACGAAUGUCGUGCGAAAAUCUUAUUCUAAAAAUAGCUAAAUUUUAUGAGAAAAUUUAAUUUGAAUUUAUCUGGAGGAAUCACGUUUUAUUAACAUUUUAUUUGUUCUUUCCAAGUAUUCUUGCAUAAUAUAUUAUUAAAUGUCUGUCAGCACAUUUGAUGUUUGGUGUAUGUUAUGUUAGUGUAUAGACGUGUACUGAUCUUGAUAUUGAUUACCUUGAAAUUGUAUAUGUUAAAACUG